GGAUGCAAUUAUCAAAAAUGGCAGGAUAAGUUAGAAACUUUAUUAGUGCCAGAAGAAGAUCCUUUCUUAAAGAAAUUGAAAAGAUUUAUGUUUGAAAUACUACCAAUAUUUUUUGAUGUAUUUGAACAAUUGCAUGAUAAUCCUCUUAAGGAUCAUGAAAUGUUAGAAGAUGAGUUUAUGAAUACAUACAUACACCUAGUUUUAAAAAAGGCACUUGCUCACUUUUCAGGAAUUCACUGUUUCGGGGGAAUAAGGCCAUUGAUGCUUCAUACUACAGAAUCAAUAAUGAAUCAAAAAGGGAAUGCAGACCCAUAUACAACAAAUGAAAAGCAUUAUGAAUUCUGUGUGACAGAAGGAAGCAAACCUUACAAUGUUGAUUUUGACAAAGAAAUUGCAGAUUAUAUUCAAAAUGCACGAGCAGGAAAGGACAUGUUAAAUUUUGUUGUUAUAUCAGAAGUAAAAUCAAAGAGAGUAUUGCCAGAAAAUUUUCGAGUAUACAUGGUUCAGAGUUAUGGCUUGAAUCUUGGCUUUUACUUUAUGGAUUUCUUAGGUACUUACCGACUUUUUGAAGUUGGAUCAUGUGAAUUACCAACAGAUUUUAUAGGGGUCAAUUUGUUUCCUUUUUUCUUCCGUGCUAUUAUCACUUGGGUG